AUCAGAUUACGAGAGGCUCUGGGAGACAGAAGACAGGCAGCCCGCCGGACGAUGCGUUCCGUCCUCGUCGUCCUCGCGCUUUGGGACGCGGGAGCUGCGGCGGACCUCGCCGCCCUCGCCCCGUUCGCCCCGGAGGAGCAUGCUCCCGCCGUCAAGCGCAGCGCGGAGAGGGCAGCCAAAGCGUCGCGGCUCGUCGCGGAUCACGGUCAUUUGCUUCCCCCCGACCUGCGCGAGAAGGCCCACGACCUCUUGAAUGAGCACGACUUCCGCGUGCACGCGGCGCUCGACAGCGCGAGGCCGGGCCCGGCGCUCGCGGCUAUCCAGAAGAAGGAAUCAGGGUACCUCAAGGCCUUCCAGAAGCUCGGCGGGGAGAGAGCGGCGACGAAGGCGAAACAGCUGCCGAAAGACGAAGAGCGCAGAAAGCUCCGCGCGACGCGCGACGUGCUCCGAGCGGCGACGGGCCUCGACGCCGAGGAACCAGUCUGGGGCGCGCCGUUCCGCGCGCUCGAAGCGCUGUUCGGCGAGGGCCACGCGCCCAUGGAGGCGCUCGGCGUUUCGGCCAAGUUCUUCGAGGACGGAACUGCUCUAACAAAGCGCUACCACGUCGCGCUUUCUCCGCCAUGCGACUGCUGGACCUUCGGGCGCGAGGCGGUCGUCGAGCAGGCGAAAAGCGUCGCCGAAUCCCUGAAAGCGCCGCCGCUCGUCGAAGCCUGGCUCGAUUCCAUCGCGGCCGACGACACGGGAAAGCUGCCGAGCGUCGGCUUCGGCGUGUCGGCCGAGGAUGGCGCGUGCAAGCUCUACGUCCUGAACUAUGGCGGCAACGAACUCCCGCCGCUGCCGCUCCUCGAUUCGUUACCGCAGACCGCGCGCAAGCCAGACCGCGCGUCGUCGGUGCUGGUCUCGGUCGAGUGGAAGUUCGGCGACAUGAAAACUCAACAGAUGCGCCAGUACGCCGUCGAGGCCUCUGCGGACGACGUAGCGGUGGCGCGCCACACGCAGGACGAGCGCUUCGCCGGCGACGAGCUCGUGGCGGCACUCGACGGCACGUUCGGGGUCAAGCAGAGCGAGGACAUCGCCGUGACGGCGCCGUUUCAAUACGUCGGAGACGCGACGCCGCUCGUCGCCGCGCCGCUCUCGAAGUCGGGCCUCAAGCUGAAGCCCCAGGAUGGCGGCAUCGACUCGAACGCCGAGACGGAUGCAAAACUGGCGGUUCUGUUGAAAGACGCGGCGCCGGGCGCCGGAGCUUGGCUCGACCGGUCGCGCGUCGUAAGACACGCGCUUUCCAACGUCCAGUUCGGCGAGGCCUUCGUCACGUUGUACAGACAUCCGACGGUCUUCGGUUUCGUGGACCCGUCCUCGGCGCCGCAGCACCUCGCGCUCCGAAACGCGCUCACUAAGCGGGCGGGCGCGUCGCGCCGGCGCCUCUCCGGAACGACGCCCUGCGACGAGGCCGAAGAACUCUUCAUGGACCGAGCCGUCGGCGACUCAGGGUUCGAUGUUCAUUCAAUACAACGAUGGCGUGAAGGUUCACGACUCGACGUCCACACAGGUCUGGGGCAGCGAGGAUUCGGACUGCGCAGACGACAAGGAGAAGGCCGAGAAUGCGGGGAAGUGCCCGAGCUCGUGCCAGAGGGACAUCGACUGCCUCAUCGCCUCGUGCUCGGACUGCGCUGUCGUGGACGUUGUUUGCGACGAAAAAAUCGACACCGCCGCGUAUCCCCAGCUCGCGGGCCAAGCGACUGACGAGGAUGGAAAUAAUCGAACAUACAGUGACCUAGACCUCGCCGAUGUUCCGGCGGAAAAGAAGCUCCAGGCUCCGUACGGGGACAGCGGGCUGUUCGACACGAUGAAUCUCUGGGGCCCCGAGGGCUGCCGGUACCCCUACUACGGCUACCUCCCGGACGCUCCGCUCUGCAACGAGUGCUCGUCCUUGGCCGAGGCAAAGGAGGACGUGCUCAAAGGCCUGUGGGAUGGCCCGUGCAACUCGGAAGACCCGCCGACGUGGGACGACGAUGAGGGGCCCUACACCGAGUACACCCCGCCCACCCCCGCGAACUACCCCGGCUGUGGCUGCGACUGCGCGGACUUCCUUCGCCGCGACAUCUCGGCGCAGUGCACGCCGACCUCCUGUAUCCAUGUCGCCCAACAGUACGCGCCCGCCAACUCCGUUUGUGCCGGCUCCGACGUCAAGUGGGACACGGUCUCCGGGUGCACCGAUGAAUACGGCACCGGGACGCAGUUCGACUCGACGUGGUCGGGUGACGCGUGUCUGGACUCCACGGGGGCCACAACGGUAGUCCAGGAUGCCUCCGCGACGUGCUACCAGACACAGGCCUCGAUCUCUGAAGCAGAUCUGGUAGACUACAAGGCGAACCCGAAACAAUGCGCUGCUAAGCCCAUCUCGGCCGCGGCCGCGACCGCGACCGGGCCGGUCGCGGCCGCGGCCGCGGCCGCGACCGGCCCCGCGAUCUCGGCGGUCCUCGCUCUCGUCGGCGCCGUCGCGCUCGGGCCGUGAGCCGUCCCCAUCGAGCCCCGGCUUUCCGCCCCAUCGUACAUAUCUCGCGAGUCACCCAUGUGGAGCAUACUACUCCGCACCAUGUCCAAUGUCUAAGUACAAGGCUUUUUGUCUAAUGAAAUGUUCGGUUAAAUGGGAGUCUGCUAGCGAGCGGCAGAUUAGUAACGAGCCGCCGAGGUCGUAUAUACAAACGGAAUGACGAAUGACGACGCGCGCGGGGGAAUGGAGUCAGGGCUUCUCGACGAG